UUUAGUUAGGGUUUUUAUUGUAGCGGAGGACACAUGACAGAGGGUUUUAGAGACCGAAAAGGAAAAGGAAAAAAUCUAAACAAUGGAUCCUUCGGCUCUCAAUUCCGCUGAAAUGCAGCGAUUACUCAAUCAAGAAAAGGAGAAGGCCAUGGUUAAUGAGAUGCUGGCAAAGCUUACUAGUGAAUGCUGGGACAAAUGCAUCAGUAGUGCACCCGGGAGCAAGUUCAGCUCAAGUGAAUCAGCUUGCCUUUCUAAUUGUGCCCAGCGAUAUAUGGAUAUGAGCCUCAUCAUAAUGAAACGCUUUCAGUCCAUGCAUUGAAAGUUUAGGUAUCAUUGUUUUAGUAUGUCGGUUACAAGAUGUUACUGCUUGUUAGCCUCUAUAGUUGUUAAUUCUAUCAUUACAAGAUGCUAUGAAUUUUUUUGAACCUAAACCACUUUAUAUUUAAUGCUGCAUGAUUUGCAUCA